CCGCAUUACAUUUUGUUGUACAAUUAAUUGCACUCUCCGCAAAUCGCUACUGGAAAGUGGAAUGCGUAUGAAAAGCAGUUGGGAGAAAGUAUGAAAAAUUAAAUUCCUGAGCAUAUUUAUUAAAUCUGCAAUUGAGAGCUAAACUGCAUGGGGGUGGAAAGAGGGUGCAUUGGCAGAAGAGCGCACGAACCAGUACUACAACAACACGCACCAACACCACCACAUUUGCCACCCCCAAAAACAAGUUCAGCCUCCUCGAAAGCGCUUUUACUCGCGCACAUCUCACCUUUUGGGGAGCAAAAACGAAGACGAAAGUUUUUGAAACUUUGCAGAUGCGAUGUGAAUUGAAUUCGCGCACAGGAGCUUCGCAUUUUGUUUGGUUUGUUCAGAAAGAGCAAGUCCUUUGUGGCAAAUGGCUGUGUUCUCUGUUUUGUUCAAAUCUACAAUAUAAAACUUCAAGCAAAUCAUUAGCAAUCGCACAAGAAUUCUAAUUUUCGCUUUCAACUGCAUUAACGCGACAAAUAUUUAUAAAUUUUAUUGUGUUUAAGCCAAAAUCGACAUUGUGUUAAGAGCAAAAAAUAAUAUAAUAAAAACAAAAUAUUAAUUUGUUAAAGCAUAAAAGCAAAAAAGUCGUUCGUAUAUUAUACAUAUACCCACAUAUAUACCUGUGUUUUUUGUUUGCGUGUUGUAUGUGCCGUAAAAAGUGUGUGUUGUGAAAGUGGUAAAGACGCAAUACCAACUGCUUUAAUGCAAGCAAAUAUUUAUUGAUAUUUUUUGUGAAGUGGUGUGUGUGUGUGUAAUUGUUAAGGGACUUGACCAACAAACAGCAGGGAAUAAGUGCAACAACAUAUCGUAUUUCGAAAAAACAAGUGAUCAAACAAAUUAAAAGAGAACUUUGCAUAUUAACGGUGAUAUUUAAUGCUGUAGACAAAAAUUUAGAUCGUCAGCUUCUAUCUACAAGAAAAUUUACAUUAACAUAUUUUACAAAAUAAAUAAAAAAUUUACAAACAAGUAGUAGUUGAAUCCAGAAACCGACCCCACCAAAAUUUUUGUAGAAAUAAAUUAAAAAAAAAAUACAAAAUUUGCAAAUAAUAUUUUACGAUAAAAGAAACACAUGUAGAAAGACUAUAGAUACCUUUAGCUGUGCCAUACAAUAUCCCAACAUAUGUAAAAUCUAACAGCAGUAGCACUUUAAAGACACAUAAACACAUAUCCACAAAACCGACAAGACGUCAAACUGAAAAACGUAGUUCUCGUACAUACCAGAUUUUCGUUUAGUGUCUCAAGCACGGGCCUUAGUAGAAACCAUACCACUUUUGGUACUCCACAAAUUGACAUUUUGCACUUUACCAACCUUUCUUCAGCAACAACAACAAUAACACACAAAGUAAUAAUUCGUGUCUACUUGCUUGCGGCACAUCCGUUGGUGUUGAACCGAGUUGACAACAACAACAACGAGACACAUACACAAGCAUCAUCAUCAUCAUCCAUAUAGUUCGGCUGGCUGACUCGACUGCUGCUGCACGUUUGUCGGCAAUUUCCGCAAAUUUUGUCAAAUCCUGUCAAUUUUACUUAAUUUUCUGUCAACCUGAGUGCGAAGGGGAAAAAGCGCAUUUCACCAAUGUUAUGUUGUGGAUUUUGUUGCGGCAAUAUGUCGAAACGAGAUUACAAGGUGGCCACAAUGGAUGGCAUCGAGCUGGAGCCGUUGGGUGGCGAAAAAAUCGACAAGGAAAAGGAAAAGGAUAAAGAAAAGCAAACGAACGGUGUGACUUUCGGUGGCGAAUCGAGUGGCCGACAGACGCGUCAGGGAGUCGCUGUUUGCUCACAGAGGCGCGCGCUACUGGUGGCUGGCAUCGUUUUGGGUUCGCUGUUGCUCACCGCGCUUAUAAUUGCCUAUGCUGGACCACAAAAUGAUUGUUCGUGCGCUGGUAAAUUGGCACCGGGUUUCGAAACGGAUGAAGAGAACGACACACAGCCAUUCAAUCCGAUUGCGACGAAUGGAGAACCUUACCCCUGGCUGGAGAUGGCACUGCCAACGAGUGCGCGUCCACUGCGUUACAUGGUGACAAUACAUCCCAAUCUGACGACGCUGGACGUCAAAGGUCAAGUGACAAUUGAUCUCUUCAUGGAGAAGGAAACAAAUUUUAUAGUGUUGCACAUACAGGACCUAAACGUCACCGAUAGGGCCAUUGUGACGACAGGCAACAAGGGUUAUGCCAUUAAGAUUGUCAAAGUAUUGGAAUAUCCACCGCGACAGCAAUUGUAUAUCGAAGUUAAGGAGAAACUCAAGAAGAAAGCGAAUUACACGCUCAACUUGCGUUGGUAUUCGAAAUUAAAUCCGGAACCGGAGGGUUUUUACGUGGAUCAAUAUGAGAGCUCGAAUGGACUGGAGCGUUUGCUAGCUGCCACAGUAUUUCGACCGAAUAGCGCACGUCGCGCAUUCCCCUGUUUCGAUGAGCCACAAAUACGUGCUCCAUUUCGCAUAUCCGUUUUUCGUGAUCGCUUCCACAUUGGGCUUUCCAAUUCCAUUGUGCAUACAACGGAGGAUGUGGGCUUCUACAUGGGCACGGGUUUGUUACGUGACGAUUUCAUCGAGACGCCACCACUACCCGCCGAUGCUGUCGCUUGGGUGGUGAGCGACUUCCAGCGUGAAUCUUUGCAGCCCUCACCAGCAUAUUUGCCUACAACACCGGCGCCGCCCGGUAGCGCUGGCUCAAAGAAAUCCGCGCAACACAACAAUUACACACAGUUGAAGGAGAAGAAGCCGCCCGUGCGCAAUAUAACCGCACUCACACAUUCACUGAAUAUUAAUCUGAUGAAGAAUACCACCACAACGACCGUUACGCCCACUGCCGAAACCAAUGGCAAGAAUCUGACAUCCCUCAGUCAGUCGACGGGUUCGCUAAUUAAACGUGCGCCGUCGUAUACUUUCUAUGCGCCACGUGAUCUACUGCCACGCUCAUCUUUUAUACUACACACCGCACGUGACGUGUUGGAGCAUCUACAAACCUGGUUGGACAUAUUGUAUCCGCUGACGAAAGUCGAUUUUGUCGCCUUGCCCUCGUUGGAUCGUAACAUUAUCUCUUCGUUGGGUUUGGUAACGCUGAAGACUGCCUUUCUCACCGAUCCCGAGUCCAUAACGACGGAAGAGUAUCAGAAGAGCGCCUUACAAGUGGCCGAGGCUAUGGUGAGACAGUUCUUUGGUGGCAUUACAUCGAGGAAAGUGUUGAAGGAUGUCUGGUUAUGGGAGGGACUUAUCAAAUAUUUGGGCAUACAUUCGCUUUCACCACAGCAAACCAACUGGCCAUUGAGAGAAAUGUAUUUGCUUAAAAUGGCUACAGCCGCUUUGGACAUUGACGCCAUACAAGGCUGGGAUAGCAUUAUGAAUGGUACAAAGCAUGAUGGUAAUAAUGAGGAGUUCUUCAUACAAAAGACCGCUGCCAUAUUUUCAAUGUUACACACCGCCAUUGGCGAAGAUCGCUUUCGCGGUUGCCUUGGCGCUUUUUUGAAAAUUAAUCGUUUUAAAACUGCCGAACCCACAGAUCUUUGGACGAUAUGCACAAAGAAAGCCAACGGUUCCAAGAAUAUCAAAGAUAUGAUGACUUUGUGGACUCAUCAACCGGGCUUCCCGCUACUGACUGUUACCAAACUGGGCAACAGUGUAUCCAUAUCACAACGGCCCUUCAAGCCAGCUGACUUCCUUGCCAUACACGAUGAGACUUACGACGGCAACAAUUACAACAAAACAGUGGUUAAUGUCACAGAGACGCCGAGCACAGUGGCACCAACGCCGGCGGGUAAAAACAAACAACCGACCAAGAUGAAAUGGAUAUUCCCAAUAACCUAUAUAACCGAUACGAAUAAUGUCAGUGAGACUUUAUGGCUGCAGAAUAUUGAUGUCACCUUCAAUGUACCCGAGAAUGUUAAGUGGAUCAAGGUUAAUGCUAUGCAAUCUGGUUAUUAUCGCGUUUUGUACAACGAUGACAACUGGGCGAAUUUGAUUGAGGAGCUUUCCAACAACCCCGAAAAGCUAGCCAGUGAGGAUCGCAUCGGUCUGUUAUCGGAUUCGUUUACACUCUGCCACGCGAAUCUUUUGCCCUGUGAGAUCACCAUGAAUAUGAUACAAUAUUUACCGAGUGAAACAAAUUGGGGUCCCAUGACAGUGGCGUUGCGUCAUUUGGAAAAGUGGCGUCGUAUAUUAAAGUAUUCCGAAUGUUUUCUGAUGUUAUCGGAAUUUAUCAAAAUGAAAUUGGCUACAGUUAUUGAGAAAAUCGGUUGGACUGAUGAUGGCGAUGAGGCUAAGAGACUAAUGCGACCGGAAGUACUCUUAAGCUCAGUGCUUUGGGAAGAUAUCGACAGUAUAACAAAGGCCAAAAAUAUGCUGAACCAGUUUCUGUACUACAACGGCUCAGCGAUACCGCCCAAUCUGAGAGAGGUGGUCUACACCGGCUCCAUACUGUCCGGUGAGUAUAUUUACUGGCAACACUGUUGGGAGCGUUUCAUCGCGCUCCAACGCACUUCGGAGAGUUUCGUCGAACGCAUGCAAUUACUGCGUGCGCUCGGUCGCACCAAAGACGCUUGGCUACAAAAUCGCCUGCUAUCGCAUGUCACUAUGCUGCCAACCGUCGAGGUGGUACAAGUACUGCAGGCCAUUGCUGGCACACCGACAGGUGGAGCGAUGGCGUGUCGCUUUCUACAAGCCAAAUGGUUUGAAUUGGAAAUGCGACUCGGACAUGGUACGCUGAGUUUUGCCAAAGUGAUAUCGGCGAUAACACAAUAUGGCGCGACGAAGUUCGAUUAUGAUGAGCUUAAAUCGCUGGUGCAUCGCUUUGGACGCGGUCCCGGCAUGGAAGUGCUGAAUAUGACGCUCAGCAGCGUCGCUUCCAAUGUGGAGUGGGUGGCGCGCUCUCAGACAUCGCUGUAUAAAUGGGUAGAGAGUAAUUUACAUUCGCAUUGAUUUGGCACAACAAAAGCAACAAAAGCAACAACAAUAGCAUUUAAGAUAAUUUUGUUGCUAUUUUUUAGUUUAUUUGUAGAGAUUUUCAUCAAACAUCUAAAACUAUGUUCAAAUUCAUUGUAAAAGUCAUACAUACAUACUAACAGUUAUCAGAUCAUACAUAUAGACUAUAUACAUAUGUAGUGACACACAUACUACUUAUAUAUAGUUAUAUAUUUACAUAUAUACGCGUACAUAUAUAACAAGCAGUCAAACACUCACUCAUACAUUUCCUCAUUUGUAAUUAUGUUCCUUAUCUACAUACUACAUACAUACAUAUAUUUAUACAUACUACAUAACAUACAUAUGCAUACAAACUUACAUAGCAUACAGACGUAGAAUGCGUAUAGAACGCAUCUCUAGGCAUUAUUGGGCCGCCAAAUGGCUAGUGUUUGGAGCAAAUCAUGAAAUAGGGAGUCUUCUAGAUGUAAUUAUAUAGGUUAGGAAAAAGGUACUGGAAUAUAAGUUUAUCAUAUCAUCUAAAGGGUAUAGUAGCUAAAUUAUAUUAAGUGUGUGUAGGAAACUUGGAAUUUAUGUAGUUCUUC